AUGCUUACAUGGAAGGGGGACGAGCGCACAGCAAGGAUACGGGAGGCACUUGGCCGAGACCAUGAAUUUGUUUUUGUGAAUGGCACGGUGCCAACCGAUCCAGACGUCGGCGCCGAGGCAAUUGCUGACGAGUUCUUCGGGUACCUUGCGCACAAUCUAGAACAGGAUCAGUAUCUUUGUGAUAAUAUGGUAGAAUUCGUGGAGAGCCACGGGCCAUUUGACGGGUUAAUGGGGUUCUCCGAAGGUGGAACAGUGGCGGCUAUGAUGCUGCUACAGGAUGCAAGACACUGCUCUUUCGGUGGACUAAAAUGUGCUGUAUUUUUCUCUGCUUGCCAACCAUUCGACCCUGACCUUGUCCGAUCUGGUACAAUCAGACAAGCAGAUCCAGACAAAGAUGGAGUGCUGUUCGCCAUUCCGACCGUUCACAUUUGGUCCCGCACGGCUGGGGUUGAGGAGAUUAAAGUCCACGAGUCUCUGUCACAACUUUGUGAUGAAAAAGUAAGAGAAGUGUUUCUUCACGACGUGCCGGGAUCGAAAUCGGAGAAGGGGUUGGCUGGAACACUUCGAGCAAUCGAGCAUGUUGUUGCGAAUGCUAUGGAUGAGUGA